CCCCCUUGCAGCCUGAGUCAGGCGGCGCCUCCUGCACGCGCUGACAGGUAUUCUGCAGCUUGUGCUGGAUGAAGGCCUCCAAAAAGGGAACGCCAGGGUCUGGCCAGGUGUGCCGCUGCCUGGCCCAUUGUGGGCCUGUCUCUGCUCACAGUCAAACUGAGGGAACAGUGAAGAGGUGUACCUGGGUGCAGGAUGGUGAGGUGCUGUACGGCGAGCAGCCUGGAGGACUCCCCGUGUGUGGACGGGUCUCCAGCGUUGCCCAUCCAGUUCCGUCACCGGGCGCUCUGGGGCAGUCUGACGGCAGUCCUGCUCCUGGUGAUCAUAGUGCUCAGUGUCACCGGACGCCUGGGCUUUCGAUGGCCCGGCCCACAGGUGAUCAGGAUCACAGCACUGGACAGUACCGGCAGCCUGGUCAAUCAGUCGGCCACAGUGGAGCAGCGUGACAGCACGGUGACUUACAGCGUGACCUCUCGCGGCACCAACCGCACCUCCACCAUGCUCUUUGACAUCAGACAUGGGGUCAUAUGCUACAAGCCUGACAGCCAACGCACCUGCUUCCUUCGCAAAAUGGACUCAUCCGAUUAUGAGAAUCUGCAGGCCCUACUGGGUGAUCCUACACAGAAGGUCAGUCAGUUCUGGUUUCUGGGGAAUGAGACGCAGAGAUUCACGGAGUUCUUAGAAGUGCUGGGGGGCAAGCCUGUGGACAUCUCGUCCCUCCCAGGGUCCUUACAGUCCCUCUGUCUGCAAAGCUCGACUUACUGGGCCCGGAAAGCCGCCGGUCCGGCAAAGCAAAGGCUCAUUUACUUUUGUAUAGACAUAUGCUUCCCGAACAACGUGUGCGUGUCUGUGUGCUUCUACUACCUGCCUGAGUAAAGGCCAACAACCGAAUGUCAGAGCCCAGGGAACAAAGUGCUCUUUCUCCUCAUCACAAAGGUAGAGAGCCCAAGCUGAAAACACUGAUGGGGGGGGGGCAUGAGGUGGUGCGCACACACACGGCCCCCCAGCCAACCACCUCCCUGGAGGAGGAGACUAAACACCCCGUCCAGGAACAAGCAACCCUUAUCCUCACCUUUCAAUCUUUUAUACCUUUUUUUUUUGUAGUGGAAUCUGAAAGAUGAAAAGAUUCAUUGAAGUCUUCGUUUCCUGUAGCCUACAGCUGAUGACUAAGUAAAUGCACUUCUGUUGGCUGAAGUCUCUGCUUUCAAAUAAAAUGCUGCAUU